UACAUUGACAGUCUUUGAUGACGUUUAUUUUUCAUAAAAGAAUAGUGGAUAUCGUUUAGUGGUUUUUCUUGCUUACACAUAUGUAUUUUGAAAAUAUUUUCUAAUUGAUUUAGCCGAUUUUUAUAAUUAAAUCGCAAAAUGAUGUUGUCUAAUUUGUAGGGCGAAAAACAUUACGAGAUAACAAGUUGUUUAUUGUGCGGGUGAGCUUGACAGGUGACCUUAUCGGCCAUCGACAAAUUUACACUUGAUGUGAAGGAUCUUGACAAUAUGCAAAGUUUCUCUUCAAAAGCUAAAGAAAUGUUUAUCGUUCGUGCAUUAGAAAAAAUUUUAGCUGAUAAAGACAUUCGCCGUUCGCAUCAUUCACAAUUAAAAAAGUCGUGCGAUUCAGCACUUGAGCAAAUAAAAACGGAACUCAUAAAUGCAGGUCAGAUCGCUGAAGGCAAUGAAUUACCUUGCGCUGCAUUGCCUUUACCAAAAAAUGACUCUGCCAGUAUUAUUAAUGCUGAAACAUAUUUCCUUCCGUUUGAGCUGGCAUGCAAGAGCCGUUCUCCACGAAUAGUCGUAACCGCACUUGAUUGUCUACAAAAGCUCAUAGCAUAUGGACAUCUGACUGGUGCCAUACAAGACUCUGCCAGUCCUGGACACUUGCUUAUUGAUCGUAUUGUAAAUACUAUUUGUGGUUGUUUCAACGGACCACAGACCGAUGAAGGCGUACAAUUGCAAAUUAUCAAGGCCUUGCUUACUGUAGUUACAUCACAGCAUGUAGAAAUACACGAAGGCACUGUAUUGCAGGCCGUACGCACCUGCUACGACAUCUAUUUGUCGAGUAAGAACCUAGUCAACCAGACAACAGCCCGUGCGACACUCACACAGAUGCUGAACGUGAUAUUUGCUCGAAUGGAGAACCAAGAGUAUGAGACCGGUACGAAACCAGACACGGAAACUAUUGUCAAGAGCAGCUCUGUUACAGAUUUUGGGGUACAAUCACCGACCGCAGAAACAGAAGAAAAUAUUAACGGGAGAGAACAAGACAUUUCCGUGGAAGAAAUCGCAGCAUCUGUAUUGGAUGAAGUUUUAAAUAAUGCUUUCGACCAAGCACUAAAGGAAAAAUCCCUUCAAACUCCCGAAGAAGCAACAAAUACUUCUUUUGGAUCGGUGGAAGCAAUCGAUAACCACAUCAACUCGGAAGAAAAUGCUGAAAAUCAAAAUGAAAACGAUGCAGUUGUUACUGCGAAAUUUACUCAUAUUCUACAAAAAGAUGCAUUUCUAGUGUUUCGUGCGCUGUGUAAAUUAAGCAUGAAGCCGCUUCCAGAAGGUCAUCCCGAUCCAAAAUCACACGAAUUACGUUCGAAAGUUUUGUCGUUACAUUUGUUGCUUUCAAUAUUACAAAACGCAGGUCCUGUAUUUCGCUCAAAUGAAAUGUUUAUUAUGGCCAUUAAGCAAUAUCUCUGUGUAGCACUCUCUAAAAAUGGUGUCAGUUUGGUGGCGGAAGUGUUCGAGUUGUCGCUUUCAAUAUUCGUGGCUCUACUAUCGAACUUCAAAGUUCAUCUUAAAAAACAAAUAGAAGUAUUCUUUAAAGAGAUCUUUCUUAAUAUCUUGGAAGCAAACUCGAGCUCUUUUGAACAUAAAUGGAUGGUAAUUCAAGCAUUGACACGUAUAUGUGCAGAUGCUCAAUCAGUAGUUGACAUCUAUGUUAAUUAUGAUUGUGAUUUUUCUGCUGCAAACUUAUUUGAACGUCUUGUAAACGAUCUGUCCAAAAUUGCUCAAGGACGUCAAGCGUUAGAGUUGGGCGCAAACCCAUUACAAGAGAAAUCAAUGCGUAAGCGGGGAUUGGAGUGCUUAGUUUCAAUACUGAAGUGUAUGGUUGAAUGGAGUCAAGAUUUGUAUGUAAAUCCAAAUUUGUCGUCAUUAAAUCCCCAGGAUUCGGCAAACACCCAUGCCACGCACAAAGUAAAUUCCGAAUCAACUCAUAAGCAAAACCACAUGGAUAAUAUCGAUACCAUUUCGCAAACUAACAACUCCUCUCGAUCGGCCUAUGGUGGUUCUAGCCAUAGCCUUAACUCGUACGGCAGUAUUAAGAAUACAGAGGUACUUGAUUUACCUGAAGCGCUGGAGGAGCGUAAAAUGCGUAAGGAAGUGAUGGAAACCGGCAUUGAAUUGUUCAAUAGGAAACCGAAAAAGGGCGUACAGUUCCUACAAGAGAAGCAACUUCUAGGUACGAAAGCAAUUGAUAUUGCUAAGUGGUUACAUGAAGACGAACGUUUGGAUAAGACUGUUGUCGGUAAUUACCUUGGUGAAAAUGACGACCAUUCGAAAGAGGUCAUGUGCUCUUACAUUGAUGCUUUCGACUUUCGUAAAUUGGAGGUGGUAGCAGCGCUGCGCCUCUUACUUGAAGAAUUCCGUUUGCCUGGCGAAGCGCAAAAAAUUGAUCGUUUGAUGGAAAAAUUUGCCAGUCGUUAUUGCGAGUGCAAUCCAAAUAAUCAAUUAUUUCAGAGUGCUGAUACUGUGUAUGUAUUAGCAUUUUCUAUAAUUAUGUUAACGACAGAUUUGCAUUCACCUCAAGUUAAGAAUAAAAUGACUAAAGAGCAAUACAUUAAAAUGAAUCGAGGCAUUAGUGACAGCAAAGACGAUUUGCCGGAAGAGUAUUUGUCGUCAAUUUAUGACGAAAUCGCUGGACACGAAAUCAAAAUGAAAAAUACUGUUGUGAGUAAACCUGGCAAACAAAUAAUAGUAAAUGAGAAGCGCCGCAAACUUUUGUGGAAUAUGGAAAUGGAGGCUAUUUCUGCCACUGCAAAGAACUUGAUGGAGUCUGUAUCACAUGUAAAGUCACCAUUUACAUCGGCCAAACAUCUUGAACAUGUUAGGCCCAUGUUCAAAAUGGCAUGGACUCCGUUUCUAGCUGCAUUUUCAGUUGGUUUGCAGGAUUGCGAUGAUCCAGAAAUAGCGUGCCUGUGUUUAGACGGAAUUCGAUGUGCUAUACGUAUUGCAUGCAUAUUCCACAUGUCGCUGGAACGUGAUGCAUAUGUUCAGGCACUGGCACGUUUUACUUUACUUACUGCAAAUUCACCGAUAAAUGAAAUGAAAGCCAAAAAUAUAGAUACGAUAAAAACCUUGAUAAUGGUGGCUCACACUGAUGGCAACUAUCUUGGCUCCAGCUGGCUUGAUAUCGUCAAAUGUAUCAGUCAAUUAGAGUUAGCACAAUUAAUCGGUACCGGAGUACGCCCACAAUUCCUCUCCGGCACACAGACAACUUUGAAGGAUACUUUGAAUCCGAGCGUUAAAGAGCAUAUUGGAGAGACGAGCAGUCAAAGUGUUGUAGUUGCUGUUGAUCGAAUUUUCACAGGGUCCAUACGGCUUGAUGGCGAUGCUAUUGUUGAUUUCGUGAAAGCACUUUGUCAAGUUUCUGUUGAUGAAUUGCAAAAUGUACAGCCCAGAAUGUUUUCGCUUCAAAAGAUAGUGGAAAUUUCAUAUUAUAAUAUGGAGCGUAUCCGUUUGCAAUGGUCUCGUAUUUGGCAAGUAUUGGGAGAGCACUUUAAUGCUGUGGGUUGUAAUACAAACGAAGAGAUUGCGUUUUUUGCAUUAGACUCGCUACGGCAAUUGUCAAUGAAGUUUAUGGAAAAAGGUGAAUUUGCCAACUUUCGUUUCCAAAAAGAUUUUCUCAGACCUUUCGAACAUAUUAUGAAGAAAAAUCAAUCACCUGCCAUUCGAGACAUGGUGGUGCGCUGCAUUGCACAAAUGGUCAAUUCACAGGCUCAUAAUAUUAGAUCUGGUUGGAAGAAUAUAUUUUCAAUAUUCCAUUUAGCAGCAAGUGAUAACGAAGAAACUAUUGUUGAGUUAGCAUUCCAGACAACUGGAAAAAUCAUAGGUGAACUGUACCAAAAGCAAUUCGCCGUUAUGGUAGACUCUUUCCAAGAUGCAGUGAAAUGUUUAUCAGAGUUCGCAUGCAAUGCACGCUUUCCGGACACAAGCAUGGAAGCAAUACGUCUAGUACGAACCUGUGCGCUUUGUGUGCAUGACGCACCGCAGCUAUUCGCCGAACACGCUGGCAUGGAAAAUGAUAUUUCUGUAGCAGAGGAGGAUCGUGUGUGGGUCCGCGGCUGGUUUCCAAUGCUCUUUUCCUUAUCGUGUGUGGUCAAUCGAUGUAAGUUGGAUGUACGUACUCGGGGCCUAACGGUGCUUUUCGAGAUUGUUAAGACGCACGGUGAUAGUUUUAAACCCAAUUGGUGGAAGGAUUUAUUUAACAUCAUAUUUCGCAUAUUCGAUAAUAUGAAGUUACCCGAGCAUGUGACCGAGAAAUCGGAAUGGAUGACAACAACCUGCAAUCAUGCACUCUAUGCAAUUAUCGACGUUUUCACUCAAUAUUUUGAUGUGUUAGGUUAUCUGCUUCUAGAAGAUCUAUUUACACAACUCCAUUGGUGCGUUCAACAAAGUAAUGAGCAAUUGGCUCGUUCUGGUACAAAUUGUUUGGAAAAUUUGGUUAUAUCCAAUGGAUUUAAAUUUAACGAAGCUACGUGGGAUAAGACUUGCCAAUGUAUAUUGGACAUAUUCAAUGCUACAUUGCCCACAGAACUACUAACCUGGCGUCCAAAUCCGCAUCAUAUGCAAGUCCAACCAAUAGAACAACACCAAAAAGCAACGUUUGCGGCACAGAAUCCACACGAUAAGAGCAAUUAUGCCUUCAUCAAUCAUAGUCAAUCACAACAUUCCGUGUACAGUACGAAUGCCAUUGAUGAUGAUGCAAUGAGUACGUCUCAAGGCUAUCACCAUAAUUCACAUGUUAUGAUGCACAAUUCACAAUUUGAAAAUCUACAUAUUAAGUGUGUCGUGCAAUUGGAACUCAUACAAACAAUGGACAAUAUUGUAUUCUUCCCUGCAACUUCACGCAAAGAAGAUGCAGAGACAUUGGCUCAAGCAGCUGCAGAUUUGGCCGGCAGUAAUACGGCACAAAAUGUGUUGGAAUGCCAGAGGGAAGAGCAGGGCAUGUACAGUUACCUGCACACUCGGCAAUUGCUGACAUUAGCUGAUUGCCUGAUGCAGUCCCAUCGCUUUGCCAAACGCUUUAAUACCGAUCAUGAGCAGCGUAAUAUUCUGUGGCGCGCCGGAUUCAAAGGUUCCAUCAAGCCGAAUCUUUUAAAGCAAGAAACUGCUUCAUUAGCAUGUGUGUUGCGAAUAUUUUUGAAAAUGUAUGGGGAUGAUAAUCGUCGUAGCGAUUGGCCUGGCAUCGAACACGAGCUCAUACAGGUGUGCAAGGAGGCGCUUACUUAUUUCCUCAGUCUGCAGAGUGAAGCACAUCGUGAUGCCUGGACUUCACUGUUGCUUCUAAUACUUACUAGACUGCUGAAGAUGUCUGACGCAAGGUUUGCUACGCAUGUUUCCAAUUACUAUACGCUGCUGUGUGAAAUGAUGUGCUUUGAUCUAAAGCCCGAACUAAGAAGUGUCCUUAGACGAGUCUAUAUGCGAAUCGGCCCAGUAUUUAAUAUAGUGAGCCUUAACGUAAGGAACUAAUUAAUUUAUUAUAUUUUAAAGAAAUAUGUAUAUCCUUUCCGAGUUUUCUUAUCUUUAUUGUAAACUGAAAUCGUAAAUAUAUGCAAUUAUAAAAA